GGCCGGGGCGGAGGCCCGGGGGGACGCGGCGCCGAGAGGGCGGGCGGGCUUCGGAGCGCCGGGCGGCCCGGGUCCGCGGGCGGUCGGUGCGCGGCGGGCGGGCGGGCGGCGGGCGCCGGUCUAUAUGGCGGCGGCUCUGUCGGGCCUGGCUGUCCGGCUCUCGCGCUCGGCCGCCGCCCGCUCCUAUGGGGUGUUCUGCAAGGGGCUGACCCGCACGCUGCUCAUCUUCUUCGACCUUGCCUGGCGGCUCCGCAUCAACUUCCCCUACCUCUACAUCGUGGCUUCCAUGAUGCUCAACGUCCGCUUGCAGGUUCACAUUGAGAUCCAUUGAAGGGCUUCUGCUGAUUGACAAAGGCGUGUCUUCAGGCUCACCACAUCAGAGAACACACAGCAUGAGAGAUGGAAGAGGGGCUCU